CCCAGAGUAGUUGGUGAAGGCGGGACGGUUGUAUCGAUGGUGGUAAACAUUUAGAUAAUACAGCGUUUGUCUGUAUUAUAUAUAAACGUAAAGGUUUCGUCCAACGUUGAUGGGUAGUCAAUAGUCUGGAAAUUCGGUUCAUCAGUUUGGUUCACAAGAUUCCACCAUGGCGGACGUGAAAAUGAAGGGAAAUGCGAAGGAACUGCAGGAGGAGAAUGUGCGGUUGAGACAGGACCUGCAGGAGCUGAGGAGUCUGUACGACCAGCUGGUACAGGAGGGCGGGGCUGAGCACUGGGAGGAGAGGAGAGUCCACAUGCUCAAGUCACAUGUCAUCCAGCUGGAGAGACAGAUAGUUCAGCUGACAGGUGCUGUGAGCUCCCACAAAGAUGCCAUGGUGGAGGCUGAUUCUGCUCUUGAUACAGUAGUCACAGCACUCAGGGAGUGGGUUGCCUGUGAGUCUCCAGGCCCGACAGUGUCCAUACAGCGUGCCCAGCUCACCCACCUUAUACAUACAGUCAUGGGAGCUAAAACAAGGCUGAAGAAACAGGGAAAGACUGGGUUUGCCAGUGACAGUGUUGGCCAAUCAUCCUUGCUGAAGAGUGCUGCUGUUAAAGGCAGUAUAGAAGGUGUCUCCCUAUUGGAUAUCUGCAGUGGUGACAUCAGACAUCUCAACCUCAAACAUGUGGCCUCCCUGGAGUCCCAGCUGUCUCAACUGUUCAAGAAGCUGCUGAGAUUGCAGCAGUGCGUGGACAGCAUCAGGAGCCACCAGCCUGUCCCGCUGUUCUACCAGACGGACAGCAUGCUAUACGACAGGCUGACAGCACAGGCUGCAGACCUGGACAAGCUGCUGCACCAGUGCUGUCAAGACCUGAUGCACCUCAGCCUGCUGGUGCCUGCUGCUCCUUGGUCUGCUGUCAGAAGGUUACCCAGCAUGCACUUCUCUGUGGAUGAUGUCAUGGCAAGUCUUCCCAGCAUGCCACGCAGUAAGCAAUAUGAGGUAAAGAAGACUGUGGAAAGUUUGAUGGUAGCUGUGGGUUAUUCCAAACACAUGACAGCUAUGCAGAUAGCAGCCCUGGAAGAGGAGUUGACUCAUUUCAGACAGGUGCAGAACUUACAGAUAAAGUACACCACCACCCUGGUGCAGGCCCUCACUCAGGCUUACAACUCAUUCCAACAGGACGUCCUACAGGGAAUCAGUAGCCCACUGCAAGGUAUUUUGGAGUCAUACAGGGAACUCAGGGACACAGCCUCUGAAAGUGCACUCAGGGACUUUUUAAAGACCUUCAAAGAACAUGCAGAUCAACUGGAGUCUAUAGCUGAAUCACUGAGGGAGCAAAAUGGAGAGGAUGACAACACAGGUUCUAUAGCCCUGAGCGGGUUCCAGGCACAGCUGGUCACAGCUCUGCAGCAGGUACAGCAGGAAUGUGCUGUCCAGCACAGCAGAACAGCAGCUGACCUGGAGUCCUCCUUGCAACAGCACAGACAGAAGGUUACCGAGGCAACAGACUUUCUCAAACAGGCGAGGACCAAUCAGGAGCCUCCGUCUACAGCCCAAAACAGCAAUAAAGGCGACGGGAAAGACUCUGAGCCAGUAAAGACAAAAAUGAGCAAAUCAAACUCUGAAUCUAGACUCAGUGUCAGCAGGCCUACUGGCCGGGUAAAUUCAAGGACGGCUGACACAACUACAGGAGACAGAACUCAGCACAAAUGA